UGCCACUCAUAGAUGGAAUGCCUAAGCAAUGAAGGACGUCAUACUGCUGUGUCGAAGUGGAACAACGGUACGCUUAGUGACAUUGUUAAUUCCGCAACCAAGGCGUGCAAGCACUCAAGUUGGGGUUGUAAUUCGAGCAUUGCGCUCGCUGCGAUGUUUGGGCUAUGUAUGACGUCGGUUGCGUGUUUACGCGUUGGUCGUGUCAAUACUGUUCAGCAGCUCCACCAAUGCGCUGACAAGACCCACCACUUCAACCCAAAUUCAACCUCAACCUCACCAUGCCUCCCAAGAAUGCAAGUGCAAAUGGCUCAACGCGCAAGGGGCCCCAGUUCAAGCCUCCUCGUCCGGUGAAAUCGGGCACGAAAGCAUCGACAGCGACCGCGUCACGCGCGACAGGCGCGUCGAAGAAGCCCGGCGCUACCACCACCAAGGCUGGCUUCCAACCAGCAGCAACAGUCAUAUCAUCUGACGAAGAGGAUGCGCAAGAAGAAGAAGACGAAUUCGACGCUCUUAGCGACGACCUGAUGGAAGAUGUACCAGCACCGGUACCCGCCAGGACUGUCGAGCCCUUGACCACAGCACAUCCAAUCCCAGCCCCACUGCUCGCGCGGCUUUUACAUGAAAACUUCGAAGACCCCAACACGCAAAUACAAAAAGGCGCAAUGACUCUGACAGGCCGCUACAUGGAGAUCUUUGUACGGGAGGCACUUGCUCGGGCAAAGCAUGAGCGCGCCAGGUCUGCCAGAAAGGAUGGCUUUUCAGAUGGCUUUUUGCAGGUCGAAGAUUUGGAGAAGCUUGCACCGCAGCUAGUAUUGGAUUUCUGAGCCACGUCAUGCAGAGAAUUAGGAGGCAUGCGCGCCCAUUGCGACAAUAUGAAAUCCAUGCCUGCUCGGGUCUACACUGCAUCGAACGCGACUUCCGAUUGGCGUGUACGACAGACAGACAUCAAAGUCUUUCCAGAUGGCGGUGAGCCGCUGUCAAGUGUCAAUCACAUUCACGUCUCGAAAUUAAAGAUUCGCACGUCGAAAUUUUUCCGUUGUUACACCAAGGCGGGCAAGCACGUGGACAAUGUAUCGCAGAUUGGACAGGACACAUGAGAGUCUCAAUUCGCUGGAGAACC